CAGUUGGAUUUGAUUAUUUCUUCAUUGCAGAUGAAGUGCAAUCUAAAUUUGACAGAUGUUUACGGUUUUUGCAAGAAACAGUGCAAGAUAUUCCUACUUUUGGCAUUGGCCAUUCUUUGGGAUUGGUCAUUCAUCUUUUAAUCGGGUCAAGAUAUGCUGUGCAAAGAAGUGGGAAUAUACUAAUGGCGUUCAACAACAAGGAAGCAAGCUUUGCUAUCCCUUUGUUCUCACCUGUUCUUGUCCCAAUGGCCCAAAGCAUUGGACCAUUGCUAUCACAGAUUGCAUCAUCGCCAACUAUCCGACGUGGGUUUGUUUUUACAACCGGGGACAAUCUGGUGUUCUUGCAAACUGGUUCAUCAAGUUCCCACACUAUAGGAAUAGAAGUAGCUAUGUUGGUACUGCAAAUUUAUUACUUCAACUCUUUCAUAUCAAACAUGUUUAACAUAGAUGAAUAUUAAAGUUAUUUUGGGUCUAAAACUAGGCCAUCAUUAUGUACCCAUCUAGUUGAACUUAUGCUUGAGUUCAACAAGAAGUUAAAGUAGUUUAAAUUGAAAGGAAUUGUUGUAUUGACAUAACAACUUUUAAGUUUUCAAGUUCAUAGAUAUGGAAAGAUCUAAAGUCUACC